AUGGAGAAAGGAGCGAUCUCUGACGGGCAGAUUAGUGCUUCGUCGCAGCUUGAUGUCAACCACGAACCCAGUCAGGAUAGACUGAAUUUGAAAGGAUCGUGGUCAUCUUACGCUAAUGACGCUAAGCAAUGGCUACAGAUUGAUCUAGGUACCAAUCCUGUCACUGUCACAUGGGUGGCAACCCAAGGAAGUAAUCACCAGAGCCAGUGGGUAAUAAAUUUCACGCUGAAAUACAGCGACGACGGUCUGAAUUCCCAUUUGUACAAACAACAAGGACAAAGUGAGCACAAGGUUAGACACCUUUGAAGACAUUCAUUUUGUGUGGAGUUUGUUACUUUUUUAAAUGAAGUGAUGGUUGCUUGUUAAAAACAGUAGUACAUAAUAAAAAUAAUAAUAACAAUAAUAAUAAUGAUAAUAAUAAUAAUGAUAAUAAAUAAUUAAAUAAAUUACUUAUAUUACGCCUUUUAACAAUACUAGGAAUUAAAAGCUAGUUUAAAAGGAUAUGUUUUCAGUAAGGAUUUAAACUGUUAAACUGAUUUUUAUUUCCUUAACGAGAUGGGUAAGGUAUUCCACAAUGUGGGAGCAACAACAGAAAAAUAUCUGUCUCCGAAAGAUGUUAACUACCCACGAGGGAAAUCUAGUAGUAGUCUAUCAUUUUAUCGCAGCUGAUAGGCAGAUUGAUUCCUUACUGAAAUAAAAUUACUGAUAUACUGGGGUGACUGACCAAGCAAAGAUUUAAAAAACGAUCAAAAGUAUCUUAAAGAACUAUCUUAAAGAAAAAUGAAAUCUCACUGGCAGCCAGUGAAGUUCAUAAAGUACAGGGGUAACAUGGCUAAACCUAGAUGAAAAGGUAACAAGUCUAGCUGGGGCGUUCUGCAGUCUUUGCAACUUGGAGAUCUCAGUGUUUGGAAAUAGAGCAAAUAGUUUACCAAGAACCAAAAUACAGUUCAGUAAUCUGUUUCCCUGCAUGUCACCCAUAAACCAAAAAAAGCUGUUAUCAAAGUAAAUCAUCUUAAUAUGUACGUUUUGAGAUCUUGUGCAACGUUACCCCUUCGUUAGUGAACUGUACUUUUCUUUUUCGACAUUUCGUUCACCAUACUUAAUCUCCUUAUUUAAACUCCCUCUAAGAAGUCGGUCGGGGUGAGUGAGGUUCAUAAAGUUUCACAAACAAGAAUGGGGAUCAUUGGGGUUGAGGAUAAAUUGUCGUCCAUUUUAGCCAUUUUUUUCCCUUUUGGUGAGUUGUGGUCGGGGCUUAUUUGCUGUACUGUACAGUUCCCCUGUUCCUCAAAAUAAUUUGGAAUUUCACUCUGUUUUCUGAAAAUAAUUUUAAUUAACAUGUUCCCCAAAAUUCAAUGUUGUCAGCUUUCCGAAGUUUCCAAAACAUAAAGUUGUACUGGGGGUCAGACCUAACCUGUUUUGGAACCUGGAAAGGCAUGUGGGCAAAGCGUAAAGAAAAAAAAGUCAGUAUUUCUUUGGAAGGAAAAAAAAACGACCUCAGGCCCCAGUCUACUCGCCACGAAGUCACAAACAACUACAACAGACCACAGAAGCAGCAAAAUUGACGAACAAUAGACGUCUGAAAGUAAAAGUUUAUUAAAAUGAUAUUACUUUGAACUAGAAAAUCAAUGUCCCCCUGUUACUGGAAAGACUCAGCCGUUAACCUGUUCCCUAGAGGCCGGGCCAUUUCAGGAUACCUCUUCAGUGUUUCUUGAAAGUAAAUGGUCAAGGUCUCUUGUUCCCCAAACCUUGGCCAGAUACUCAAAUUUCAUGUUCAUAGUGUUUGUUUGAAAAACAAUCCUAUUUGCAUCUCUACAUGCUAUUAUUAACAGUUUUUCAUUUGUAUUAGAGCUUACUUCUAGGUGUUCAGGGACCAGGGUGUCAUGAAAUUCAGUGCCUGGCGACACAAAAUGCCACCCUCGGAUUGUGAAUAGCAGGCAAAUGGCGCCAAAACCGCGACUAAUUGUCCAUCUAACUACAGUAUUUUUGUCAUUUUUUUUUGGCCUGCUCUAGGAGUUUGUUGGCAACACAGACGAGAAUACUAUCGUUUAUAACGAACUCAAUGGGUCGAUUGUAGCACGCUACACACGUUUUCAACCAACAGCUUGGCAUAACCACAUAUCAAUGAGGGUGGAACUAUAUGGCUGCAAAGGUAAUCUUUUUUGGUAA